CUAAUACCAAAAUUUCAUUCUUCAAAAGGAACAAAAACCAGGAUUUCAAGACUACAUAACAAUGGCUAGAAGAGAUUUUGGUUCUUUCCAUGCUUCAAACGUACAAGAACUCUUGGAAUUACCAGAUGAGAAGUAUGAAGCCCCCCACUUCCCAGUAGACCGGCCUUCAUUCGAAGAAUAUAAGAAUAACCCGCCAGAGUUUGGCAAAGAGAUGAGAAAGAAGCAUUUUCUCUUGGAGCCAGAGGUAACGUUUAUUAACCAUGGAGCCUUUGGUGCAGUUUUAUCUGAAGCUCUUGAGAAUGGCCAAAAAUAUCAACGACAUACAGAACUACAGCCCUUGAGAUUCUUGGACCGAGAACUUUUCCCUCUCUUAGUUGAUAUCAGCAGACAACUUGCCAAGUUUGUAGGCUGUGACCCUACCGAUCUUGUACUGGUCAGCAAUGCAACAACUGCCACCAGCACUGUCGUUCGAGGGAUUCCGUUCACUAAAGAAGACACCAUAUUCUUCUUGAACACAACAUACGGUGCUGUGAAGAAACUGUUGAGAGAAGUUUCCAGACUGACUGGUGUCCAUCUCCAGGAAGAAACUGUGGAACUCCCUCUCACUAACAGAAACCAGAUUAUAGAAUUGGUACAAGACAAACUGAAACCUGGGACUCGCCUGGCUAUCUUUGACCACAUAGCCAGUAACUUUGCCUUGACCAUGCCAGUAAAGGAAAUUAUUGAGAUUUGCCACCAGAGGAAAGUUGCUGUCUAUGUUGACGGAGCGCAUGCACUCGGCAGUCAGAAGUUGAACUUGCGUUCACUGCGGCCCACGUAUUAUACGUCGAACGCGCACAAGUGGUUGUCAACCCCCAAGGGAUGUGCUUUUAUGUAUGUCGACAAAAGCUGCCAGGACACUGUCAGGCCUUUAGUUGUCUCGCAUGGAUAUGGAGCGGGGUUUAAUUCAGAGUUUAUAUGGACAGGUUUGCGUGAUUAUUCUUCAUUCUUCGCCAUGUUGGUGAACAUUGAUUUCUGGAGAACUCUUGGAGAAGACAGAAUCCAUUCUUACAUGAGAUCCCUCGUCAAACGAGCUGUUCAGUAUCUGUCAGAGAAAUGGUCAGCACCUCCAGUGGCUCCAUCUGAUAUGUUUGAUUCCAUGGCAUUAAUUCAGCUGCCAGAUUCUUUACAUUUUGUGCCACCCCCUUUGACAGAAGUGGACUUUUCCUGUGCUGAAUCAAUCCAAAAUGAACUCUACCAUAAGUACAAUAUUGAGGUUCCCAUCAAAGCUAUUCAAGGAUGUCUUUAUGUACGAAUAUCUGGUCAUAUUUACAACGAAAUGAGUGACUAUGAGAGACUGGCGGAGGCUGUGCUGGAGAUUACGGUCAGAAGAAAACAAGAAGGGCAAGUGGAAUAAUUAAGACCACGGAAUACACCAAUAUGCAUGCGUGCACAUGCACAUACGGAAUACUCAACAAUGCUGCUUAUAACAAUGAGGAUAAUGUUAUUAAAUAUUAGCAUUUCAAAGAA